UUGACGCCCCGCUGGUCCCAGCUGUGUAGCAGGAAGCUGCUUAAUGCUGGGUUUGAACAGAGCAGGUAAGACUUCAUAUUGUAUCAUAAUUAUUUAUGUUAAUGAUGUGUAUAAUGCAUGAUGUCUAUGAUGACUCUUGAUGACUCUCCUCUCCUCCCGCUCCAGAUCAUCUCCCCAAUGGGAGGUCAGUGUAGCAGCUCUGAGGGCCUGUCCAUCCAAUAGAGUGUGUUCUCUGGCUUUACCCCGCCUCCCAACAGCAGGCUGGGAACCUGACCGCCCCCUGCUGGCCUCAGUGAGUACCACACACACACCUCAAUUUAUAACCCACUCUAUCUCGGUCUAUAAUAAUAAUAAUAUGCCAUUUAGCAGACGCUUUUAUCCAAAGCCACUUACAGUCAUGCAUGCAUACAUUUUUUUGUGUAUGGGUGGUCCCGGGGAUCAAACCCACUACCUUGGCGUUACAAGCGCCGUGCUCUACCAGCUGAGCUACAGAGGACCACUAUCUAUCUAUCUAUCUAUCUAUCUCUUGUUUCCUCUCUUUGUGUGUCUCUCUCUCGCUCUAUAUAUCUCUAGUUGAGCAGAGCAGUGCAGACUGCAGUAGCCAGUCCUAGGGUCUGCCAGUUGGCCCGUCCCAAGCGGAGGCAGGGUCUCUAUUCGCCCCAUUUGUCCAAGACCUCACUGGCACCCCCCCACCCAGCUGCAACCUCCUCCCGACUACAGCUCCUCGCAAGUAAGACACUUAGAAUACCUCGUAUUUACCUCACACAGUAACGUUUAAUAACGGCCACCUAACAACAUUGCAAAGUACAUGUAGUGUUCAUUUUUUGCCUGAAAAUUGUUGGUACUCUAUCUACCUCUGUCUCGCACACACACUCUCUCUCUCCAUUACUCUCUCUGUCUCCUUCCUCCUCCCCACCCCACCUCCCCUCUCCCAGUCCCUAAGUCUGACCACCCCCAGUACGCCCAGGACCGUCCAGUCAGCUGGCCAGUGCCGGGGCCGGUGAGGAAGGCAGUAGCCAGUGAGAGGGUGCAUGUCCUUUCACGUCCCAACCAGCGGAAGGCGCUGUUCCAAGGCUACAACCCGUACACUGUUACCCUAGCUGCACGCUCCGCUAGCGCCUCGCCGCGCCUACAGGUGAGCUGUGUUUCUCUCAUUUACUAAUUUAUUAAAAUAAUUUAAUUUAAAUGUCAUUAGUUUGUCUGUUUGUUUGUUACAGGAGCUUUGUCUGCCCCUGCCGCGGAAAUGCAAGGGCAAAUAGACAAAUGCAUCUCAUCUCACACCUCUACAAUACCUCCGGCCGCCUCUUCUUCAGAUACUAUAUCUCCUAUACAGCAUGUCUAUGUCCCUGAUCACCACUGCUCCAUAAUAAAGACAAUCCAUGAUAUCAGUGAGACAUGUUGCUGGGUCUUUAUCUGGUCCAAUGGGACCACUGGCUUUAGAAGGUGGAUUGUUUACUCCUGCAACGUUCAACAGCGUGCUGUUCAUUCAACUGAACUGAAGUGAUUUUCUGUCACCAAAGGGGAGUUGUCCUGGGCCUAGAACAUUACAACGCACAUUACAAACAUGAAGCGAAAACCACCUGAAUGUAAAAGUGUAC